CAGAAAAAAUGUCCAUAUAUACAUGGAGAUGGCCCAGACCCUAAUGGAAGCGGUGUUUGAUGUGCCCUACAAGGACGUCCGAACGAAAAUAGAGAACCUGUCCAAAAAGUACAGGCAGGAAAAAUAUAAAAUGGGGCCAAGCGGUGGCGCUCCUUCCUCAUGGCAGCAUUAUGAGUUGGUCCACUCGUUUUUAGGCGCAUACCGCAUCCACAACAUGGAGCAGAACACCUUGGAGAACGAGAAUACUAGGGAAUACUUUGUGGAGCUCUUGGACCCAGAUGACAGGGAAGCCUCUACCUGCAGCGGCAGUCAACGCUCAGGCAGCACUGCGCCCCCUGCGCGCAAAGGUGGACCAUAAGUCGGAGC